GGGCGGGAGCGGAAGGCAGCGAGUCGUUUUCUGCGCGGCUGCUGGUUGUGCGUUGGUGAGCUGAGUCGCUGCGAUGUCCGGCCGCGGGAAGCAGGGCGGGAAGGCGCGGGCCAAGGCCAAGUCGCGCUCGUCGCGGGCCGGGCUGCAGUUCCCGGUGGGCCGCGUCCACCGGCUGCUCCGCAAAGGCAACUACGCGGAGCGGGUGGGCGCUGGCGCCCCGGUGUACCUGGCGGCCGUGCUGGAGUACCUGACGGCCGAGAUCCUGGAGCUGGCGGGCAACGCGGCCCGCGACAACAAGAAGACGCGCAUCAUCCCCCGCCACCUGCAGCUGGCCAUCCGCAACGAUGAGGAGCUCAACAAGCUGCUGGGCAAGGUGACCAUCGCGCAGGGCGGGGUGCUGCCCAACAUCCAGGCUGUGCUGCUGCCCAAGAAGACUGACAGCCAUAAGGCUAAAGCCAAGUGAGUGCGUCUAAGAUUGGUCUGGAUUCAAAACGGAAAAAAAGGCUCUUUUCAGAGCCACCCACAGAGAUCUUAAAGGGUUGAGUCGCUCUUCGUUUUUAGUGCUGCGUGGUUUUUUCGUUUGUUUGUUUGUUUUUCCCCCCUUAGUGAACAGAGGCUGAAAUACGUAAGCAGUUUUUCUUUAAGUAUUUACUUAACAUAUUUUAAGUAUUCUUUCCUGCCUACUUGUUUGGGUUUUUUCUUAAAGAAUUUUAUCGCUUUCUUCAGAUAACUUUAAAAAUUAAAAUUUGUCCUGUCGGCGAUUUUAAUUAGUUGUUUAUUGCGACGUGUAUAUUUUUUUAUAUAAACGUGAUUUGUGCUUUAAGAUAGGAUCACAUUUCUAAUGUGUCAGUUUGUGGCAACCACACUUUUGUAUUUUAUUGGAAUAAAUGCGCUGCCUAGUAAUGAAA